AUGCUUCCGAAGGCUGGCUUGAAAUUGGCCCUAGGGGUGCCGCUAGCGCGAGCCUCUCAAGCUCAAAUCGCCAGGAUUCCCCUCCAAAGCCUCUUGUGCCGUUGCUAUUCAAAUUUGCCCCAGGACUUCAACCCAAAAAAGAACCUCCCAUCGCAAGGUGAAUGGAAACACUUGAAGCAGCAUAUUCCUGGAGAAGCCGAACAGACAAACGAACUCAAGGAUAGAAUUCCGAAGUUCCCUUUGGGCAAAGAGAAUGUGCCCACGCUUUUGCCCCGUCCAGGCGUUCCUAGAGUCGGGCCCAAUAUGACUUUCAGACAGGUGAUCACCAUUCUCAAGAACAAGACGAAGCCAGAGCUAAUAUACGAAUCGGAACCGCACAGACUCUACUUUUUGGCGUGUUUCUGCUGUGCCAUAGUGUUUACGGUGUAUGGCUGUGUUUUGCUUGAAUACGCUUGGUUCCAGGCUAACAAGGACUACGAAGAAAAUGAGAAGGAGUUGGCGGAGGUUGAAAGAAAAAGAGAGUGGGUGAUUUCUCUUGGAAAAUACGGUAUAAUGGGCGCCACGAUGCUCUUUAUGGCGUAUCAGGUGGUCACAUUUCCAACCAGGCUCAUUAGAAGAAUGUGGUACUUGCCUGGCCCAGUGGAGCAUGUCAAGUUCACGUCGUACCCCUUGCUUCCAGGAAGGCCCUCUCCUGCUUACACCAUUCCCUUGAGAGACUUGUCAAGAAAACACCAUGCUAGGAUUUGGACUGGUAAGGGUUUCUACGGUACUGCCGACAGCUCGUUAUUCUUUUUUGUCUUGAAGGAGGAAACGACAAAGAAAUCGUGGAUUGUCGAUAGAAAAGGCUUCUUCUGGUCGGAUGGGCGUGUGUUUGACUUCCUUUUCGGUAAAGAAACUUUGGCUGAGGCUGAAGCAGGUGUACCCUACGAUGAGCAGAUCGGCAUCAUCAACAGAGAAGUCAAGAAGAAGAAGAAGCAGUUGAGAGAGGAACAUGGUCCCUUUUGGCAAUUCAAGUUGGGCGCCAAAGAGUUCAAGAAUGAUUUGGGAAAGGCCACCGAUUACGUUAAAGGUGUGAGCGGGAAGAGUGGCACCAAGGCAUUGCCUAAGGACAAGAAAGAGGCGAAGAACCUGAGAUUCAGGGCCAAAAACAAAUAG